CCUUUUUUGGAAUUUUCUCGGCCUCGAAGAUUUCAAUGCGAUAUCAUAUUCCCACAUUAUUGUUCUUAUAGGCUUAUAUUGAUAUAUAUGCUUCGUAGAUUCUCUGAUUGAUGUGAAAGAGAAGCGCUAGGGUUUUUUUAUUAGCAUAAAUUAGUUAUUCUGAAGGUCGUCUUUGGCUGCAAGUUUGUAUUGGGAAGUCCCUGUCAGUUCAGUGUUAGGACCACAAAGAAUGAUGAGGAAGACCAAUCCCAAGUCUCAAAGUACUGAAUUGGAACUUGAUCAACCUAACAUUGAAGAUUACCUACCUUCUGGACACACCAUUCAUCAAGAGCCUCAUGGAAAGCUUCGCCUGUGUGAUUUGCUUGACAUUUCUCCUACUCUAUCUGAGGCUGCGGGUGCUAUUGUAGAUGAUUCAUUCUUAAGGUGCUUCAAGUCAAUUCGAUCAGAACCUUGGAACUGGAAUGUUUAUUUAUUUCCUUUGUGGUGCUUUGGAGUUGUAAUUCGAUAUUUGGUUCUGUUCCCUGCAAGGGUUCUACUGUUGUCAUUCGGAUGGAUGAUAUUCCUUUCAGCUUUCAUUCCAGUGCACCUUCUCUUGAAGAGAGAUAAUAGCGUGCGGAAAAAUAUUGAGAGAUGUUUGGUGGAGAUGAUAUGCGGUUUCUUUGUUGCAUCCUGGACUGGGGUUGUCAAGUACCAUGGGCCACGGCCUAGCAUGCGACCAAAGCAGGUUUUUGUGGCCAACCAUACUUCCAUGAUUGAUUUCAUUAUCUUAGAACAGAUGACUGCAUUUGCUGUUAUUAUGCAGAAGCAUCCAGGAUGGGUUGGAUUGUUGCAGAACACCAUUUUGGAGAGUGUAGGGUGUAUCUGGUUCAAUCGGACAGAGGCAAAGGAUCGAGAAAUUGUGGCAAGGAAAUUGAGGGAACAUGUUCAAGGAGCUGACAAUAACCCUCUUCUCAUAUUUCCUGAAGGAACUUGUGUAAAUAAUCACUACUCUGUGAUGUUCAAGAAGGGUGCAUUCGAACUUGGAUGCACAGUUUGCCCAGUAGCCAUCAAGUACAAUAAAAUUUUUGUAGAUGCAUUUUGGAAUAGUCGCAAGCAAUCAUUCACUAAGCAUCUGCUGCAAUUAAUGACAUCUUGGGCUGUUGUCUGUGAUGUUUGGUACUUGGAGCCACAGAAUCAGAAGCCAGGAGAGACAUCCAUUGAAUUUGCAGAGAGGGUGAGAGAGAUAAUCUCACAACGUGCUGGCCUAAAAAUGGUUCCUUGGGAUGGAUAUCUAAAGUAUUCUCGCCCCAGCCCGAAGCUUAGAGAAGGAAAGCAACGAAACUUUGUUGAGUCUGUGCUCCGGCGCUUGGAAGAAAAGUAACGCGUGCUUUCUAUACAUUCUUAAUUUAGCCCUUCACCUUGAUUUUUAUCUAGACUUCUGUUUUUUCAGUUGAUCUUUUAUGAUGUUACCGGUUGCUUUGUCAGUUUGUUGUGAUCUUGUGGACAUUACAUAGGAGCUAUAUUUAUCGCUCAAUUUUGACGUUA